CCCUGGCUAUUCCCCAGCUGAGGCGGGGAGGUAGCUAUGGCGGCUGUGACCGAUGUGCAGAGGCUACAGGCCCGGGUGGAGGAGCUGGAACGCUGGGUGUACGGACCGGGCGGGUCCCGCGGCUCGCGGAAGGUGGCCGAUGGCCUGUUCAAGGUGCAGUUAGCUUUGGGGAACAUUGCCAGCAAGAGAGAGAGGGUGAAGAUUCUAUACAAAAAGAUUGAAGACCUGAUCAAAUACCUGGAUCCUGAGUACAUUGAUCGUAUUGCCAUACCUGAUGCCUCUAAGCUGCAGUUCAUCUUAGCAGAGGAGCAGUUUAUCCUCUCCCAGAUUGCACUCCUGGAGCAGGUGGAGGCUUUGGUGCCCAUGCUGGACAGCGCUCAUAUCAAAGCCGUUCCUGAGCAUGCCGCUUGCCUGCAGCGGUUGGCCCAGAUCCACAUCCAGCAGCAGGACCAGUGCGUGGAGAUUACUGAGGAGUCCAAGGCUCUCCUGGAGGAAUACAACAAAACUACAUUGCUUCUCUCCAAGCAGUUCGUGCAGUGGGAUGAUCUACUUUGUCAGCUAGAAGCCGCCAAGCAAGUGAAGCCAACAGAGGAGUGAUGGCUGCUCUCCAUCCCAGG